AUGCAUGAGAAGCCGAUUGACAGUUUGAGGAAUCCGAGAGACAUUUUGACUGUGCCACAUGACCUGAGUGGUAAUCUAAAUGUUCAUUUAUGGAAUUGCAAUUCUGUUAGGAACAAGACCAGUCUUUUGUUUGACCACAUCAUUGAUAAUAAUGUUGAUAUCAUGUUCCUAACUGAAACAUGGUUGAGAGCUGAAGAUCCUGUUGUAAUCAACGAGUGCACACCGGCAGGUUUUACGUUCUUGAAUGUGGCACGAGGCAGGAACGAUGCUCAUGGGGGAAUUGCAGUAAUCUACAAAACAACAUUGAAGCUGUCAACUGUUAACAUCUUAUCUCCCCGUGACACUUAUGAACUUGCUGCUGUCACAGAUCCAUCAAGGUUAGUAUGCUACGUGGCCACCUACAGACCUCCACCCUCAGCAAGGAAUCGUCUCAAAACUCAGGAUUUUCUUCUGGAGUUUGAAGAACUGGUAAAUGAGCUGACUUCACAUACUUGGAAGCUUCUUAUUGUCGGUGACUUCAAUGUACACAUAGAUACACCUGACAAACCUGAUGCGGCAUGUUUCAUUGAAAUCAUAGAGGAGGCCGGACUUCAGCAACACAUCACCACUCCUACGCACAAGCUGGGUCACACACUUGACCUCAUAAUAUCGAGGAUAGAUGAUUCACUUGUGGUGGACUGUGAAGCCGUUGAUAAGCUGUAUUCAGAUCACUAUGUCCUUAGCUGCAUUAUUGAUGUGGCCAGGCCUAGACAGUGUCCGGCAACAUCUUUAUGUCGAAACUUUCGUGAUCUAGACAAGGAUUCCUUCAUCGCCAGCAUAACUGAGGCUUUUCACAACUUUCCUUUUGAUGGGAAUGUUGAUGACCAGGUGACCUUUUACAAUGAAACUGUUUUGGAAGUACUUGACCAGCAUUGCCCUGCGACUAAGCGUGUCCAUCGUUUUCGCUCUCGUCCUCCGUGGUAUACAGAUGAAAUUCAUCAGGCAAGACGUCUUCGGCGUAAAGUUGAAAGGCGCUGGAGAAAGUCGCAUACAGUCGAGAGCCGCCAGCAAUAUCUCUCCCAGGUUCAUGCGGUCUGCAAGCUCAUUGAAAGAGAGAAAUCAAAGUACUAUACAGAACAGUUAAGCAGUGCAGACGUAAAGAAUGUGUUCCAUGUUCUGAAUACGCUUUUGAACAGGUCACCGAUGGCUCUACCGGUUGAUAGCUCUACUACAUCACUACCAGAGAGGUUUGCUACUUUCUUUGAACAGAAGGUAGAGAAGAUUAGAGCAAGUCUUAUGACAGGUAAUGCAGGAGUUACGGACACCUGUAAUGAUGAUGGGAUGAUCACGGAUGCCUCUGUUCCUAUCACCGAACUGUCAGAUUUCGACACUGUGACUCUUGAGACGGUCUGCAAAUUAAUACGUUCUUCACCAAAUAAGACAUGCUCGCUAGAUGCACUACCAACGUGA